AUGCUCAGCUACAUCGGGCGCCACCACGACACCUUUGGCGCCCUUUUUGAUAUGAUGGUUGUCUUCAGCAGCCCUAUGGCCGUCGACUUCACUUUUUUGAAGACCUUCAUCAUGCAAGUGCUCACGCAAGAGUUCAGCAAGAACGAGAAGGGCCAGGUAUUGAAGCACUGGCUCAGCAUGUACCGCCAGCAGGAGCUGGACCAUGAUCAUUCAGGUUGUUUGAGGGUGUAUCGACACACUGAUGUUGUGCAAUGGAUGAAUGUACUGCGACAUUUGAUCAACCCACUCGUGUCUUGGUUGGUGACUCACGACGAGCUGGAGGUGCUUGCACCUGAUGUGGUGCGCAGCCUUGUCAUGGAUGUUUUCCAGAACCCCGAGAAAGGCGGUCCCAGCGAGCAGAUCCAGAUGGAGCUGGUACAGCUGUGCACAACCCUGAUCCAGCAUGCACACGCCCUGUUUCAAGAACACAGGAAGGAGCUCAUUCAGUUUGGUUGGCUUUCACAGAACACCGACCCGGCUGCGAAGGAGGCUGUGCGUAAAGGCAUUGACAUCAUGAUUCCCAACCUGGCCAAGGCAGCUGCCAGCGAGGCGCUGCCAGCCAUUUCUGCGCCAGUGGCAGUGCCCUCGGCACUCACCCUGUCAGCCGACCAUCGCAAACACUUCUUGUCAACGCUGGUCAUGCUCAUCACCGGGCAAUCAGUGCGAGCUGGCACAACCGACCCCUCCAUCCUGCACCUCGUUCUCACAAUGUUGCGCAAGUGGCUGCUGGACCCCAACUGCGCGCAUCUCACUGCCAAGGAGCUAUUGGUCAUCAUCCAGCGCAUUGCACAGCUGGACCGCAUGCAUGCCAUACCCCUUGGCCUGAAGCCCUUGUGGGACAAGGACUUCCUGGCACUCCUAUAUGACACAAUCACCCAGAAAACCGAGGACGACUUUGGCAGCGAGGUUUUCAAUCGAGUGGAGCGCACCUUCUGCUGUGGCUUGCAAAGCGCAGACCCGGCGGUCCGGAAAAAAUUUUUUCGGCUGUAUGCGGACAGGGUACCACCAAAUUUGUUCGACAGGCUGCGAUACAUCAUCCAGGGACAAGACUGGGACUUCAUAGCGCACACAUUCUGGUUGAAACAUGGCGUGGCCAUGCUGUUUGAUAGUUUGUACCUCGCCGAAGGCAUUACCCUUGCAUAUAACUCUGAGGACGAUAUGGCGUUUGGUUUGUGGCAUCGCCGCACCGCUGCCGACGAUACGCGGGUGGCUUUGGCGCUGCGACAGCACGGCUUCCUGGCUCAAGCUCAGCUGCAGUUCCUAGAGCUGAUGGGAAGGGGCGUCAGUGGGGGCAUCCAAGGGGUAACGAAAAAUGAGAUGCUGCUCUGGCACCAGCAGUAUCUUGCCUGCUGUGCCGAGUUGAACCAGUGGGACACAGUAGUCGAAUACGCCAAGGUCACCGACAACUGUCUGCUGCAAAUUGAUGCAAUGGUCCAGCUGCACGAUUGGCAGAACCUCAAGGCGAUGGUGCUUCCGAAGGCACAGAUAGAGGACACUGCCGAUGCCACCAUUGUUCGGGCGCAGAUGCAUCUACAGGAGCUCCAGGUUGUGGAUGUCGACAGGAUCUGCAAGCAGGCAAUGCACCAGUCGGUGCAGCACUGGUGGAACAUGCCGGAGGGGAACCCCUGGUCAUACGCACCAGUCUUGCACACUUUCCAGCGCAUCGUUGAGCUGCAAGAGAGUUGGCGCAUCAUGGUUGAGUUUAAUACUCACGGUGGCCCCGGCCAGCAGUACCAGGAGCACAAGGAGAUUUGUGAGACCUGGAAGCUGAGAACGCCGAACGAGUGGGAGCCUAUCCAGUGGUGGUCACAGCUGCUGAGCUGGCGAAACCAGGUGUACAAUUUGACUAUCCGGCAAUUUGGUGCGCUUCAAAGCAUUGCGCCAAACAUGCACCAGAUGGGGUACAGAGACAAAGCUUGGAGCGUGAAUCGUCUUGGCCGCAUUGCGCGGCUGCAUCACCAGCCUGAGGCAUGCGUACAGGUCAUCAACACACUGUAUGGAUUCAAUGCCAUGGAAGUGCAGGAGGCGUUUGUGAAGGUGCGGGAGCAGGCCAAGGCCUUCCUGCAGAAAGCUGAGGACCACAUGCAGGGGCUGAAUCUCAUCAACUCAACCAACUUGGACUACUUCCAGCCCCAACAUCAGGCUGAGAUGAUCAACCUGAAGGCUCAGUUUUUUGCCGCUCUGGGAGAUGGCGAUGCGGCACACAGCAUGUUCAGUGAGUCGCUCACCUUGUGGCCACUGUGCUGGGAAGCUUGGAUGGCCUGGGGCAAGUUCUGCGACAGUAUGUAUGACAAAUCCAAGGAGGCACAAUGGCUGGAGUUCCUGGCGACGUGCUUCCUGCAGGUCAUGGCUUACGAGGCUUGCCGGGACGUUAUGGAGGCACUGCGGGCCAAGUAUAGUGGCCCUCUGCAGGUUCUCGACCAUUUCAUGACCGAAAUGGGGCUGCGGUUCACCAGCCGCACGGAGGAAAGGCUACUGGCAGUGGUGUAUACCCUGCAGCAGCGCACCUACAAAACGGGGCUGCCAGCUGGCGCUCCGGUGCCAGAGGUUUUCAAAAGGGAGUUGGCAGGAGUGUGCAAAGCUUGCGGAAAUCGGGAUGCGACAUCUGGGGGCAAGCUGGUUCACUUCCAGCAACAGUUUGCCAAGGACCUGGACCCAGCCUCCUCCAGCGCCCCGCAGACGCUUGGUGAAAUGACGGAUCGGCUGAAGGGCUGGCGCAUGUUGCUCGAAAGCAUGAUUGACCACGAAUACCCACUGACCACGAAGAUGGAGGUCGAGGCGCCCACGCUUGUGGAUAUGUCCCUGGAGGAGAUGGAGAUGCCUGGACAGCACUUGCCCGCCCCAGAUGCUCCAGACAUGGUGUAUGUUGACCGGCUGGGCAGCGACAUCCAAGUUGUGCGGCGCAACAGCAACUCCUGCCGGCGCAUUGUGCUUCAUGGGUCAGACGGCUCACUGCGCACCUUCCUGCUUCAGGGCAGCCAGACAACAACUGGCUCAGAGGAGCGCAUCCAAGCGCUGCUGCGAAACGCCAACAGCCGCCUUCUUGCGCACCCAGAGGCCCGGCGCCGUCUUCUGCAACUCAAGGCCCCUACUGUGUUGGUGCCACACCAAGGGGUGCGCAUGGUGGAGGACGAUGUUAGCGUUGUCCCAUUCAGCGAGGCGUACGAAACCCACUGUGCCCGCUAUGGUCGCGAGGCAGAUGCGCCCAUCCUGGCCUUCAAGGCCCGGUGCUGCAUGCCCGACGGCAUGACGGCCGAUGGCAAGACGAGGCUGGAGGCCUACCAGGAGGUGGUGGAGAAGGGUGUGACCGAGAACAUCUUCAGCCAGUUCAUGUACAAAACCAUGGUGGAAAACAACCUCAGCAUGUGGAUCAUCAAGAAGCAGUUUGCGCUAAGCGCAGCCAUGUCGGCGGUUGCGUGCCACAUGUUGCUGCUCACUGGGCGAUCCCCCAGCAAGCUGCUGGUCUCCCGCAGCAUGGGCACCAUCACCCAUGCGGACUUGAUCUCAACCUACGACACGCGCUUCCAGCUGGAGCGAGGCCACGAGACGGUGCCCUUCCGCCUGACGCGCAACAUGCAGUCGUUCAUUGGGCCCCAGGGCAUGGAGGGCAUGGUUGUUUGCGCCAUGGCGGCAGCGGCACAGGCGCUGCAGACGGAGCCCAGCAUCGUGUCCUCCAUCAUCGCCCUCUUCUUCAGGGAUGACAUCCUGUCGUGGGCGGCGCGGCGCAGCGGCGCGCGCUGCAUCGCGGCUCUGAAUGCCAGCCUGAAGACGACGCAGCUAGAGACGUGCGUGGCCUGGAACACGGCGACCUGUAUGAACCGUGUCGCGACCAUGGCCCCCACCCUCACGGGCCACCCGCAGCAGGGCACGCGCGCUUUGGUGGCGGAGGCGGUGGCCGCGGCUAAUCUGGCGAAGAUGUGCCCUACCUACCAGCCCUG